AUGUCGACCGGACAAGCACCGGAGAAGUCGAAUUUUUCCCGGCGAUGUAGUUUGCUCAGCCGUUACUUGAAGGAGAAGGGAAGUUUUGGAAAUAUAGAUAUGGGUUUGGCUCGAAAACCCGAUCUUGCACUCGCCGGAAAAUCCGAUCUCAGAGGUGAACAAAAUGUAAUUAAGAAGACAGAACCUUUGGAAACCAGAACCUUCGAGUUUAUUCAGAAGCUUUCUGUUUGUGAAGCCUCUACUUCUUCCGGAGGCAAAACCAGAGGCGCCGAUCUCAGUGAACCGGAAAGCGUAGUACCAGAGCCGGGAAAUUCCCAGCUGACCAUAUUCUUUGGCGGAAGAGUUAUGGUUUACAAUGAGUUUCCUGAAGACAAAGCAAAGGAGAUCAUGGAAGUAGCGAAAAAAGCGAAUCCUGUGGCUGUAAUUCAUUCGAAGGACACUCAAAAUCACAUGGAUCUCGAUAUGAACAUUAGCAACAAAAUCAAUACUAUUGUGAUUCCUGACCUCAAUGAGCCAACGAGUUCCGGGAACAACGAAGAUCACCAAACAGGACAGCAACAUCAGGUCGUGGAACGCAUUGCAAGAAGAGCCUCUCUUCAUCGAUUCUUUGCGAAACGAAAAGACAGGGCUGUGGCUAGAGCUCCAUAUCAAGUGAACCAAAAUGGUAGUCAUCUUCCUCCCAAGCCAGAGAUGGUCGGUCCAUCGGUAAAGCCAGGACCAUCCUCGCACCAGCCUGCGACUCCUCCAAAACCAAAGGGACAUAACAAUAUGUCGCCGAUAGAAGUGGACAAAGAAGAAGGACAGUGUUCAAAAGAUCUCGAACUCAAGCUUUAG